AUGGCCAAGGACGUGUUUUCGGUACCAAUCUUCCUCGUCGUCUUUCGAGAGACAUUGGAGACGGUAAUCAUUGUAUCUGUGUUGCUGGCUUUUCUCAAACAGACUCUCGACGGCCCUGAGCGAGAUGUCAAGACGUACAAAGCCCUUCGCCGCCAAGUUUGGCUCGGCGUUGCUGCGGGAUUCCUCCUCUGCAUGAUUGUUGCCGCUGCCCUCAUAGGUGUCUUCUACACCGUCGGAUCAAAUUCCUGGGAAAGCAACGAGAACUACUACGAGGGGGCCUUUUGUCUGUUCGCCGCCGUCAUCAUCACAGUCAUGGGCGCUGCCCUUCUCCGAAUCGGUAAGAUGCAAGCAAAGUGGCGUGUUAAGCUUGCCAAGGCUAUCGAGUCGCCCAUAAAAGCCGGCUCCAGGGGCUGCUUCUCUCACUGGCUAGAGAAGUACUCCAUGUUUGUGCUGCCCUUCAUCACCGUUCUUCGCGAGGGUAUUGAGGCUGUUGUAUUUGUUGCUGGUGUCACCUUCUCGGCGCCAGCAUAUGCCGUUCCCUUGCCUGUAGUUGUUGGCCUCCUAGUUGGCGGCAUUAUCGGUUACCUUUUGUACAGGGGUGGUUCUGCUGCCAGACUGCAAGUUUUCCUGGUUGCCUCAACCUGCCUCCUUUAUCUCGUUGCUGCCGGUCUCUUUUCCCGCGGCGUUUGGCAUCUCGAGGCACAGCAGUGGAACAUUGCCGUUGGUGGCGAUGCGGCAGAAACUGGCAAUGGGCCAGGUUCGUACGACAUUGACAGGAGCGUUUGGCACGUGAAUAGGACGAAAGAGUCGCUGACUGCAUCCAAGUGCUGCUCACCAACUUCCCCUGGCGACGGAGGAUGGGGUGUCUUCAACGCCAUUCUUGGCUGGCAAAACUCUGCUACGUAUGGCUCAGUUAUCUCCUACAACAUCUACUGGAUCUUCGUCAUGGCUGGGUUUUUCGUGAUGCGGUUCAAGGAGACCAAGGGCCACUGGCCAUUCAUGAAGGCCAGGGCUCCCGGCGUUGCGGAGAGCGACAAUGGCAGCGCCAGCCAACCUGACGGCGCAGUUGGGAAGACCGCCUCCGCAUAG